CUCAAAGGUACUAUUCAGUACAGCCCUAAACAAGGAAAUUCCCAGUCAUGACUUCUUGGGGUUUAUUCGCCGUGUGUCUGCUGUUAGGCACAGGAGCAAUUACAAGCGCAUCGUUCUUUGGUGAUAUUGACCAUUAUCGUACUAACAGUACAAAUAGUACAACAACAUCCAGACCGCCGUGUAAUUCGACGGAAUCUACGACGCCAAUCCCUUCAAGGAAUCGCUGCACUGAUCUUCCAGAUGAUACCUUGUUCCCAUCGUUGAACGAUUGUUCCUACUUCGUGACCUGCCAGGAUGGUUUGGAGAUGGAGCUGGAGUGUCGCCCAGAGGGAACGAAGUUCGAUCACGUUCGCGAAGUCUGCGAUCACCCGGAGAAUGUCGAGUGCUACAACCCAGAUCGCUGUGAGCUAGAGGAGGACGGAAGCAUAAUUCCCUCUGAAACUUGCACGAACUUCCACAUCUGCCGCAACGGAGUUAAGAGUGACGAAAUCACCUGUGUCCCCGAAGGAACCCUCUUCGACUAUAAUCGUAGAGUGUGCGACCAUCCGGAGAACGUGGUCUGCUGGGGAGACGAGGCAGAAGUUACGGAACCGACCACGGAAGGAUCUGGAACCACUUUGGAACCAACGCGCCCGCCAGUUCCCGAAGACAUCCCGAGUGACAUUUGCCGAGGAAUUGUGAUCGAUAUCCUGCCUCACCCCGGCGAUUGUACCCAGUUUGUGGUGUGCGUUCUUGGACAACCCUCGGUGGACAGCUGCCCACCGGAUUUCAUCUUCUAUCCGCAGAUUGGAGUGUGCGGCUAUGGAAACACUGAAACAUGCGACAUUGAUCCUCGCUGGCUGGAAGACUAUCUUAGGGAGCAGGAACGCCUUGAGAUGGAGGCGAUGAGUGGAUAAUUUCUAAAUUAAUCAGAAGUACUGAGUUUUAAUAAACUAGCAGCAUCAAUAGACUUUGAUUUUGUUUGCAAAUGUA